AGAGGAUAAAAAAAAUAAAGAAGGAAUUGGCGGGCGGAUUGUACAAGCCUCCCAGCAAUAUGGAUCGAUAACCCAAAGCUCAUUCUCGGUUACAUCCUUGUUGUUCUCUCCCGCCCCCACCUCUUUAUAUUCUCCCGACCUGAACCUGAAACUUUUCAGAAACAAAAGGGUGUCUCAGAGAGAGAGAGAGAGAGAGAGAGAGAUGGCAGGAGUUGCAGGGACUUGCUCCGCCGGUCUGCUGUUUAAGGGCAGAGAGUCGGGGGCCAAUGGCGCCGCUUCUUUGAUGCAGUACAGCGGGCUUCGGCCAGUGGAGAAUGUGCACGUGGCUCCUUCCAGGAGUAAUCUUGCCGGGGUUAUUUCUGCUUCAGCUCGCAAGUGUGGAAAGAUCAAGGCCAUGGCCUCUCCAACCAUAUCAGCUCCCAAGCGAGAAAAGGAUCCCAAGAAGCGCGUCGUCAUAACAGGAAUGGGUCUCGUCUCGGUUUUUGGCAGUGACAUUGAUACCUUCUACAGCAAGCUCCUCGAAGGAGAGAGCGGGAUCAGUUUGAUCGACCGAUUCGAUGCCUCAAGCUUUUCCGUGAGGUUCGCGGGCCAAAUACGCAAUUUCUCCUCCAAGGGCUACAUUGAUGGCAAGAAUGACCGCCGGCUUGAUGACUGCUGGAGGUACUGCAUAGUUGCUGGAAAACGAGCCCUGGAAGAUGGUAACCUAGGACCCGAGGUCCUCGACGCUAUGGACAAAACGAGAAUUGGGGUUCUGGUGGGUACAGGAAUGGGAGGGAUAAGCGUGUUCAGCAACGGAGUGGAAGCGCUCGUCCAGAAGGGAUACAAGAAGAUCACCCCGUUUUUCAUCCCUUAUUCCAUCACCAACAUGGGCUCCGCCCUUUUGGCUAUCGAUACCGGGCUCAUGGGGCCAAACUACUCCAUCUCGACUGCUUGCGCAACAGCAAACUACUGCUUUUAUGCGGCGGCAAACCACAUCAGAAGAGGCGAAGCAGACAUCAUGGUGGUCGGAGGGACGGAAGCUGCAGUCAUGCCCAGCGGCGUUGGAGGGUUCAUAGCCUGCAGGGCCUUAUCUCAAAGAAAUGAGGACCCCAAGGGAGCUUCGAGGCCUUGGGACAAGGAUCGUGAUGGUUUUGUUAUGGGGGAAGGUGCCGGUGUGCUGAUUAUGGAGAGCUUGGAGCAUGCAUUGAAACGGGGAGCCAACAUCAUCGCUGAGUAUUUGGGCGGUGCUGUAACUUGUGAUGCUCAUCACAUGACCGACCCCCGUUCAGAUGGACUUGGAGUUUCGUCGUGCAUCAGCAAGAGUUUAGAUGAUGCCGGUGUCUCUCCUGAGGAGGUGAAUUAUGUGAAUGCUCAUGCUACAUCAACCUUAGCCGGGGAUUUGGCCGAGGUUAAUGCCAUUAAGAAGGUCUUUAAGGACACAUCUGAGAUCAAGAUGAAUGGAACUAAGUCAAUGAUUGGCCACGGUCUUGGUGCUGCUGGUGGACUAGAGGCCAUAGCAACCAUAAAAGCAAUCACCACUGGUUGGCUGCAUCCAACGAUCAACCAAGAUAACAUCGAACUUGAUGUCACCAUCGACACCGUCCCGAAUGUGAAGAAACAGCAUGAAGUCAAUGUCGCUAUAUCAAACUCAUUCGGCUUUGGUGGGCACAACUCUGUGGUCGUUUUCUCUCCGUACUCACCCUAGACAACACCAGCUGAUCAAUCAGUCAUCCGCCAUUCACUCUUAUUGGCAUUCGUGGGGAAUAUAUUCGAUAUCAAACUAGAUUUGAAAUCAGCAGCUGAAUCAGAUGGAAGCCACGAGGAGAAAUUACGGGCGUCAUUUCUUUUAGUACUCCUUCCAAUCCAUACCCUUUACCGAGACCAGCUACAAAUUCAAACAUUUUUGCGAGAAUAAGAUACCUCAGUUGAUUUU